AGGACCGGAGGAGGAGGAGGAGGAGGACAGACCGGGCCCGGGACCCCGCCCCACCCGGUUUCUGUAAGAGAAGAGGUAUCCUGAUCCUGGAGUUGGGACCAGAGGCCCAAAGACAGUUUAAGAAAUCGUGGAGGGCAGACGUCUCCAACUCCUGCAGCCCCACCCCUUCCCUAUCUUCCAGUUUGACAGAAGAGCAUUGAGGCAGAUUGCCUCCGGCAGACUGGCUCUUCACAAAGGCAGGUGUGCCAGCCAUGAGAGGAUACCUUGUGGUCAUAAUCCUGGGUGCUGGCUUUCUCUAUUACGUGCUUCAUUGUAUUUUGUGGAAAACAAACACUUACUGGAUGCCCCCUUUGGAGAUGGAAAGGAGAAAUAAAAUCCUGACCUGCUCAGCGAAGCCAGCAUUCGAGCCCAUAUUGAACAUCCGUGGAAUCCACCCCUUCCUGUGUGCAAGUGACUACAAGAAAGUGGCUGAACUCCGUGGGAGCCACAGGAUCGACUUGCCUUAUGGCAUCAGGAGAUCGGAGAGAUAUUUUCAACUCGCUCUCUCGAGACUGCAGAGUUGUGAUCUGUUUGAUGAAUCUGACAAUGUGCCAUGUAAAAGAUGUGUCGUUGUGGGUAACGGAGGAGUGCUGAAGAAUAAGACAUUGGGAGAGAAAAUCGACUCUUACGAUGUGAUAAUAAGAAUGAAUAACGGUCCUGUUCUAGGCUAUGAAGACGAUGUUGGAAGGAAGACCACCUUCCGGCUGUUUUAUCCAGAGUCUGUUUUUUCAGAUCCAGUUCACUAUGAUCCCAACACUACUGUCAUUCUUACUGUCUUCAAACCACAAGAUUUAAAGUGGCUAUGGGCUCUGUUAAGUGGUGGAAAAGCAAGCCCGAAUGGCUUCUGGAAGAAACCAGCCUUGAACAUGAUCUACAAGCCCAGCCAAAUCAGGAUCCUGGACCCCAUCAUUACCCGCAUAGCUGCUCACCACCUGCUUCAUUUCCCCAGAGUGUUCCCCAAGAAAGAGAAGCCAAAACACCCGACGACUGGGAUGAUCGCGAUCACACUGGCAUUUCAGAUAUGCCACGAAGUCCACCUGGCGGGCUUUAAAUACAACUUCACUGACCAUCAUGGUUCUUUGCACUAUUAUGGGAAUGACACCAUGACUCAGAUGAGCCAGAAUGCAUACCAUAAUAUAACAGCAGAGCAAAUCUUUUUGAAGAAUCUUAUAGAAAAGGACUAUAUUAUCAAUUUGAUAAAAGAUUGAUGACAAGUACUAAGGACUCCCAAAGAAGCAUAAUUGAUGUUUCAUCAGUAUUUUAUUUUUUAUACUGAAAUUUUAGUUUAUUUUUUAAAAUGACACAUUCAUUUACCAAGAAGCGUGUGUGGGGCGGGGGGAAGAGUCAUGACAGCUAGAAUGUCUGUUGCUUUUGCUGGUCAGUGCUGUUCCAGCAGGAAUCUAUUUCUGUGAAUAUUUAAUUAUGAAACCAAAACUCAACUUCCAGCUAAUUUAUCAGGGAAAUAAAUAUCAAAGCA